AUGCUAAAUGAAGUUCGCAUAAUUGGUGUCGGGGGGAUGCCGGAGUUCGGCCCUGGAGAUGACCUGGCUGGACUGAUGAUAGACGCGGCCGCCGCCCAGGGCACCCCCAUUGAAGCGGGCGACAUCCUGGUGGUCACUCAGAAGGUCAUAUCCAAGGUCGAAGGCAAGGUGAUGACCUUCGAGGGCGUGGAGCCCUCGGCGCUGGCCAUCACAAUCACAGAGGGCCACCGCCGCGACCCGCGGCACACCGAGAUGAUCCUGCGAGAGUCCGUUCGUAUCGUGCGAAUGGACCGUGGUGUGAUCAUCGCGGAGACGAAGCACGGCUUCUACUGUGCAAACGCGGGGAUAGACGCCUCCAACAUACCCGGCAACAACACCAUUGCCCUGCUUCCCGACGAUUCGGAUGUUUCGGCCCAGAGCAUCCGCGAAGCCGUGCGACAGCGGCUGGGUGUGGACGUGGCCGUCAUCGUCUCCGACACCUUCGGGCGUCCGUGGCGUAACGGUGCUGCCAACGUGGCCAUCGGCGUGGCCGGAAUGGACCCGCUGCUGGAUUACGUGGGCGCCCUGGACGCCCACGGCAACGUGCUCCAUACCACCCAGAUCGCCGUCGCCGACGAACUGGCCGCCGCAGCCGAACUCGUGACCGGGAAGGCCCUGGGCAUUCCCGUGACCAUCAUCCGGGACUAUGAGUUCGAGACAUUGGAGGGCGCCACCAUCCAGCGCCUGCUCCGCACCGGAGAACGAGACCUGUUCCGGUAAAGACGACCUUUCGUUUGCGAGGACAAACGCUCAGGCUUGUGGUGCUCUCUCCGGCCAGCCCAGGCCAGUGCCAUAGGCGCGGAAGUCUCCCUCAAUUGACAGCGGGAGCUGACGUAUUUCGUCGGGUUCGGCAAAGUUGCUCACUCCCACUCCCAGCAGGCGGAAGGUGCGCCCGGUGGUGAGCUCGGCCGAAAACAGUCGCCACGCCAGCUCCUGAAUGGGGCCCGGUUCGUUGGAGGGUGACGGGAGAGUGGACUGCCUAGUGAAAGUGGUGAAGUCCGCCAGCCGCAACUUCACGGUUACCGUUCUUCCCUGCAGGCCCUUCCGCUCAAGGCUGCCGGCCACCCCGCCUGCCAACUCCUCCAGGACCCGCCGCAAUUCCUCCGGGUCGCCGAGGUCGUCGGGGAAGGUGGUUUCGGAGGACACCGAUUUGGUGAUGCGCUCGGUGUUUACGGGCUCGUCGUCCAGCCCUAUGGACCGCAGUCGCACGCUAUUGGCACGCUGACCGAACAUGCGCUCGAACCACUCGGGCGGCUGCUCCGCCAGUGCGCCGAUGGUGUCGACCCCCUCAGCCUUCAGACGCUCGGCGGUCUUGGGGCCUAUGCCCCACAGUUUUCCCACCGCCAGGGGAGCCAGGAAAUCCGCCUGAUCACCCGGGGGCACCACUACCAGACCGUCGGGCUUGUCGAGGUCGGAUGCGAUCUUGGACACCGACUUGCUGACGCUGACCCCUACCGAAACGGUCAGACCAGUCUGGCUCUUCACCCGCCGCUUCAGGUCCAGGGCUACGCCCAGCGGCCAGCGGCCCUCUGAUUCAUUGACCGCCCCGCUGAUGUCCAAGUAUGCCUCGUCCAGCGAGAGCGGCUCAAUGACCUCAGUGAACUCGCGGAAUACUUCCAUCACCUGCCGCGACAUCUCACGGUAGCGGGUGAACCGGGGGCGGACGAUUAUUCCCUGAGGGCAGAGACGCACGGCGGUGCGCAUGGGCAUGGCCGACCGGACUCCGAAAGGCCGUGCUUCGUAGGAUGCCGUGGCCACGACACCACGACUCUCAGGGCGUCCGCCGACCAACACAGGUUUGCCGCGGAGUUCAGGGUUGUCAAGCUGCUCCACGGUGGCGUAGAAAGCGUCGAGGUCGGCGUGGAUGAUGUGUCGCAUGAAACACCCGCAGGG